CACAAAUCAUACCACUGCCACUGCCAUCCCACUCGUUCAUCCACCAAGAUACGCUUUCAUACUAGUAUUCGACCUCCAUCACUCCCUACAGCGGCAAUAUCCACGCACUUCAGCUCCCGCCGGCCUCACGAUGUCGACCAGCUCCAACUUUGCGGCCCUUCUCCGCAAGUCCAAGUUCGCAUCCCAUGAUCCCUUGAUCACCAGGAUCUACACCGCUCCCACGGCUUCCCGAAGCAAGGGAGAUUGGGGUCUUAAGUACACCUUGCCCGCGUCGACUGCGACUCGCCCUCAAUCCCGGUACAUCCGUCUACGAUCUCUCGAUGCGGGUCAGGGACUAGGCUGCGAUUACGUUUCGGGGGAAAAAGAGGCUCGUCUGAUGGAAACCUGGGGUGACGGUCGAUACGGGUGGAAUCGAGAGGAUUCGGAUGCAUCCAAGUCGGAUUCUUCAAGCUUGUACAAGCAGACCAGACGUCAGGUCGGCGGAAGGAAUCAGUCGGGUUAUGCCACCUCCCGAUCUGAUUCAGUCGACCUCGAUCCCUGGUUCGAGCCCAAGAACACCGGCGACAACGCGUCGGAAGAAGUCAAGCUCUACUUGUCUGAUGUCGAAGGCAUGAGCGAGGAGCAUUUUGAAAAGCACCUGAGCAAGAUCAGAGCUUCUCGCGAGAGAUUCGCCCAGACCUUGACCGAACGUGGGGACAAGCCUCUCUUCGAAUAUCGCCAGACCGGCGGCGCGUUGGUCGAAGAAGCGGCUCCCUCGUUCCUCGCCAACGACGCUCGCUCCGAACACGCUCGGGUUACCAGCCCCGAUUCGAUCGCGCCCCGACCUCACAAGACGUCUGGCAUGGCAUACUCUGAGGGCUCUCACGCCGACAGCCAGCUUCAUCCCCUAAUGUCGCUGCCUGGUCGGGUCCUCAACGGAGUCAAUCGUAGCCAGUUACACCAGGAGGCAGCAUGGCAGAGGUCGAAGAAGGCCCUCAGCACUGCCUUUGUCGGCCAGAGUCGCAUUCCGUACGAGGAUGAUAUCACCGAUAUGAAGGUUGUCGGUCUGGCUGGUCUCACCGCCAAGAUGCCUCGGGCCCGGUCGGAAGGCUUGUCGAGCAUGGACCCUACCGGAACCGACCCGGAGACCAAAUCUACCUCGACUUUCAGGGUCACAUCAGCCAGGAUUGAGGCGCCUCCUUCGGUAGUUGCGUCCAUGCCCGCUUCGAACUUGUCCUCCGUGGCUCUCAACGAUCAAUCUAUCCGUCAUGUUACGCCUCACUCCCGCGAUCAUGCCAGUGCAGCUUCGCAGCAUCCCUUGGAGAGCAUGCGCUUCGAGCUCCAGGUGGCUGCUAGCGGCCAAGCCGAUCAGCUCAACCGGGCUCAGAACGGUGGCGAUCGACUCGUCGGCCAGAAGGGUUGGGUCGGUGCCGAGAGGAAGAAUGACCUGCUCGAGAUGGCCAGACACAUGUCUGGCAGCUCUCGUACAGGCGGGCGUCAGUUCGGUGCUGCUGGACGACGUGUAGCUCGAGCCGAGGAGCAUGAGCGCCAAAAGGACUCGAUGGACGACAUUCAGAAGCUACUCAGUGAUCUCGGUAACCUCAAUAACGCCGACAGGGCUGCCGGCUUCACUGGCAAGCGAGGCUAUCACACUAGCGCCGUGCGGAGGUCGUCCGACAAGGAUGACUUGCCUACUGCGUCCAUCGGCCCUGGCGAAGCGAAGGGAUCGGAACCCAUUGGCGGUCCAGGUGUAGGCGGUAACACCCAGAAGGAAGCUGGACCUGCCGGUAGCCUAGCCAAGGGCGAAUGGCGGCAACUCGAGGAGAAUGUUGCGGGAGAGUCUAGAUACGGCGAGAAUUUAGACGAGAAGAAGGAAUAAUGAUGUGGAUAAGCCGUGUUUGAGUGUCAUGCAGGUUCCGCUCCAGCAUUGUAAAAAAGCGAUGGCUUGUGUAAGGAGCAGAAUGAUAUCAUUACGUAUAUACGCAUGAAUCGAAUCUAUAAUCAUCAUUGGUAUACAU